AUGGAGUCGAGCUCAAAGCGUCGCAAGAUUGACCAUGCGGGCGCCGGCUUGUGGCACCAUGGCCUCAUCGACUUCGAGUCUCGAAGCGCCGUCCAAGUGUCGACGGCCACCACCUUUGUCCUCCAGACCGACCAGCUUCUGCACGAGGCCAGACUGAACUACAGAAAGGCGCUCAAGGGCGUAGAUGAUCACCUCUUCCGCCUCAAGGAAAUCCUCGACGCAAUCGAGCCCCAUGAGCCAGUUCCCAUCGGCGAAGCCACCGCCAAGUUCGAGAAGAAGCACGCCGUCGUCGUUCCGUACCCAGAUCCCAAGCCCGCCAACGACGCGCCCUACAAGGUCUCGUACGCCAGGCCGUCGCAGUGCAACGUCGUCGGCAGCUACGUCUCCAGGACCAUGGUCAAGUCGCAGCCUGCGCUCGCCGUCGACAUGGUUGUCCAGAUGCCCAAGUCGCUGUUCCAGGAAAAGGACUACCUGAACAUGCGCUACUUUUAUCGCCGGGCCUACUAUCUCGCCUACAUUGCAGUCCAUGUGCGCUCCGCGCUGGACGACUCCGUGGACUUGACCUUUGAGCAUCUCAACGACAACCCUUUGCUACCGUUGCUCGUCAUCCACCCUCGCGCCAAGGAGGGCAAGUCCAAGAAAAGGGUCCGCUCGGAGCCCAAGUAUAGCAUAAGACUGAUCCCUUGCGCUCCCGACGAGCUCUUCCCCUGGUCCAAGCUCACUCCCGCCUCCAACUGCAAUCGAAACGGAGAGGCAACCAAGGAAAAGUCUUCGGCCACGCCCUUCUACAACUCCACUCUGAAUGCGGAAAGGACUUUCAUCCCAUACCUGCGCGUCCUCGCCCACGCGCGAAACGAGUGCCCCGCCUUUCCAGACGCCUGCAUUCUCGGAAGGAUAUGGCUGCAACAACGCGGCUUCGGAGGCGCAGUUUCUCAAGGUGGGUUUGGACACUUUGAAUGGGCAAUCAUGAUUGCGCUGCUACUGGGCACCGACGGCCGUGAAGGCCAAUCCGUCCUGUCCACAUCGCUCAGCAGCACCGAGCUCUUCAAGGCGGCCAUCCAGUUCCUCGCGACGACGGAUUUCAACAAGAAAGCCUUUGCCUUUGCCGCAUCCACAGCAGACGCCAAGACCUUUCGAGAACCAGGCCCUGUUCUAUUCGAUCCAACCCGAGAACUCAAUAUCGCAUUCAAGAUGACCCCAUGGUCCGCCGGACUGCUUCAGCUCUACGCAAGGUCGACGGCCGACUUGCUCGCUGAUGAGGCCACGGACAAGUUUGAUGCCACGUUUAUCAUGAAGGCGGAUUCCGUGCCCCAGCUGUUUGACGCGACAUUUGAGAUUGAAAGCCCCGACGUACUGUCGCGAUUCUCCGACACGGCCGACAGGAGCAGCCCAGCAUUCAAAUUCAGCCUAGAGGCCCACCGCAUACUCAAGAAGGCAUACGGGGAGCGUGCUCAACUCAUCCACUUCAGACAGCAACCCGGAGCGUCUUGGUCGCUCAACGCCAAGAUCCCGAGCCAGGCCCGGAAAGUCGACGUGGGCGUCAUUUUCGACCCGGCACAAAUGUCUCGUCAGAUGGAAUACGGACCUCCAGCUGAGGAUCCGAAGGAGGCUGCUGCUUUCCGCCAUUUCUGGGGUGACAAGGCCGAGCUGCGGCGGUUCAAAGACGGGAGCAUACUCGAGUGCGUCGAGUGGUCAAGCAGACUUCCGCGUCAAAUCUCUGAGGAGAUUGCUCGCUUCGCCCUCAAACGUCACAUCAAAGUUACCAAAGACGAGUUGACGUCCCGCGGAAGCGACUUCUCUUCAACCAUCGGCCUGUCACAUCUUGACAAGGAAGCCUUUGACGCGGCCAAGCGCGCCUUCUCGACCUUUGAGCGUGAUAUUCGCAGCCUGGAGGAGAUGCCGCUGCAGAUACGGCAGCUGUCUCCCGUCUCGCCCAUGUUCCGGUAUUCCUCUGUCGAGCCCCCAAUGCUGGCCUUCCACAAGGAUUCUGUCGAACUCAUGAACGUCAACCUCUACUUUGAGGCAUCUGCAAAGUGGCCCGAGAACCUGACCGCCAUUCAGGAGGCCAAGAUUGAGUUCCUGCUCGACAUUGACAAGCGCCUGACGGCUGCACACGAAAACAUGACAACAUGCCUGGGCCGCGAGAACAGGGCCGUGGGCAUUGAGAAUUUGGCAUAUCUCGACAUCGUCUACGACACUGGCGCAGCGUUUCGCAUCCGGAUACAUUGCGAUCUAGAGGAAGCUCUCCUGGAGCGGCAUGCCAACAGCCGGGCGCUGGAACACCGCGAACGCGACGAGUCUGCGGAAGCCCUGGCUAGGUUCCACUGGCUAUAUACGACCCUGCCUUUGCAUACUCAGACGGUGGCCACAUUCUGCACAAGACUGCAUCCCCUCUCGCAGUCCGUCAGGCUCAUGAGGCACUGGUUCGACUGCCACAAGCUGAGCGGCCACUUCAGUGCCGAGCUGAUUGAGCUCUUUGUGCUGCAUGUCUUCCUCAAGCCGUACCCAUGGAAUGUGCCGUCGUCUCCCGCGACGGGCUUGUUGCGCACGCUCUUCUUCCUCUCUAGGUGGGACUGGCGGGAUGAGCCCCUGAUUGUCGACUCGGCCGAGACGCUCACCAGCGAGGAUCGGUCUUCGAUCCGCAAAGAGCUCGAGUCGUGGAGGAAGCGGGAUCCGCACAUGAACAGGUCCGCCCUGUUUGUCGCCACCAGCAACGACCAGUCCGGCAUGGCCUACACCCGCGACGGCCCUUCCAAGCUCAUCGCCUCGCGAAUGACCCGCCUCGCCAAGGCAGCCUACAAACUCGUCCGCGAACAAUCAGGGCCCCUUGACCCGUCCGCCUUGUUCCAGACCUCCCUGCGGGAUUACGACGUCCUCAUCCACCUCUCCACCAAGGCCGUCCGGGCCACCGCUCGCGAGGCCGGCGCCGAGGCCGGCGCCAGGAAGCCGGCGCGGUUCAAGAAUCUCGACGACCGCACGGGCAAGGCCCCCCUGCCCGCGCGCGCUCACCCCGUCGACGUGCUGGCCGGCGAGCUGCAGCGCGCCUAUGAGGACACGCUCGUGUUUUUCCGCGGCGGCGCCGACGAAGCCGUCCUCGCCGCCAUCUGGUGCCCCAGGUUGCAGCAGCAGCAGCAGGGCGUCAAGUUCAGGGCGGGUUUGCCGUACAACUUUUGCAGGCUCGCGGGUUCCGAUGCCGACGCCGAUCUCGUCGAGGUCAACCGCGAGGCCGUGCUGUUGGAGAUUGCGCGCGCGGGGGGGGACUUGAUCAAGAAGAUUGAGGUGGUUGACGAGGAAGAGGCGAAGGAUUGA